UCAUCUUUUCCUUUUUUUUUUCUCCCUCACGAAUCUCUAUUGAGCUUCUUCUUAGCAUAAACCCUAAAAUCGAAAUCAGCCUCUCUCACUCUCUAGCCUAUAUUCUCAGAUCCACAUCUCAAAAUUACUAUUUUUUUCCUCACGAAGCUCUCAGAUAAAAACCUAAAGAUCGAAAUCAGAACCUCUCUCUCUAGCAAUGGAUCCGUUAUCGGUGCUGAAGGACUUCACAACCCGAAAAGACCUGGACAAAAUCGAGCGGGUCGGAGCCAAUUACCGAUUCGGAUCGGGCUACUCGUUCCCCUGCGCGACGGAGACGGCGUACAGAUCCAAAGGCGGGAGCCUCUACACGCUAGAAGCCCUAGUCCACUACGUGAAGAACAUCCACCUCAAACUCGGAGAGUACAUGCAAUCCACCGUCAAAAACUCCGUCCCCGCCGUCACCUUACCGGAUCGUAAACCCCUCCUCGACUACCUCACCGGGAGAGUCGCCUCCUCCGACUCGAUCGACUACCUCCUGCUCCAGCAGCAGAACGCGCAGAGCCAGAAGCAGAACGAGGAGUACAGACCCGACCAAGACAACUCCGCCUUCGUCUCCCGAGAGAACGACGCAAACACCGUCGAGGAGUUCGGCAGAGAGGACGUGGAUUACAUCAUGCUGAUUCGGUCCAACGAGAGGCCGUUGAAGAGCCGAGACGCGAUCCUCGAGUGCAAGAACAGGGAUUUCCACUCCGUGCUUGUGAACUCGACCAAGAGGGAGGAGGAGAGGCAGAGGAUCGAGUCUCACCAGAGGAAAGACGGUCUGGUCGCCAAGAGUAGGCUGAUGGGAGCUGAGGAGAGAGGGAUCGUGGGGUUUAAUGAUGAUUCUUCUGGCUACGACGCGGGGAACCCCAAGUCUAAGAUGAGGAAGAUUGGGGAAGGUGUGCCGAUUAUUCUUGUCCCCAGUGCGUUUCAGACGCUGAUUACUAUUUACAAUGUGAAGGAGUUUCUUGAGGAUGGGGUUUAUAUACCGAACGAUGUCAAGGCUAAGGAGAUGAAAGGGGUGAAGCCGGAUUGUAUUACGGUUCAGAAGAAGUUUAGUAGGGAUAGGGAGAGGGUUGUGACUGCUUAUGAGGUUAGGGAUAAGCCUUCUGCUUUGAAGCCUGAUGAUUGGGACCGUGUUGUUGCGGUUUUCGUCUUGGGGAAGGAUUGGCAGUUCAAGGAUUGGCCUUUCAAGGACCAUGUUGAGAUUUUCAAUAAGAUAAUUGGGUUCUUCUUGCGGUUUGAAGAUGAUAGUAUUGAAUCAGCCAAGACGGUUAAGCAGUGGAAUGUGAAGAUUAUCUCGAUUAGUAAGAAUAAGCGGCAUCAAGACCGGGCAGCAGCCUUAGAAGUCUGGGAAAAACUAGAGGAGUUUGUUCGGUCUCGGUCACAUUCUUAGCAUCUAGCAGCUGUAGAAAUUCACUUUAUGGAUUCAUCUUUCAUUCUUGUUACUUGAUUAUCUUUAUUACUUUCUGUAACAUUAGCGAGAUAAACACAGUGAACAUGUUAUGCAGUGUGAUUGUUUUCUAUUAAUGGUGAGUUAAACUGUUCAUCAGCUUUCUUUGAA